UAGUUUUUUUAAUUUUAUUACAAUUUCUUUUUACUUUUUGUACAGCUCAUUAUGUCCCUUUUUCAUAAUCACCUACACAUGGAUACUCAUAUUAUAGAUGUUAUGUUUGCUUAAUGUUUUAUUGAUAUAAAGGGGUUGUGGGUAUCCUUUAUUCUUUAAAUUUGUUGUUGUGUUGUUGUGGUGGUGGUGGUGUGAUGGGUUGUGCUCCGUCGAAGCAACCGGUGUGCCGGAGAUGCAAUGCGCGAUGUUCUCCAGUGCGGCGGAGCUAUUCGUUGCAAUCCGACCGCUCUCCACCACGUGAAGAGGGCAGCAAACACCGUGUCGAACCACGGGCCUCAACCACCCUUGGUUACCUUCUGUUUAAUACUUCGAUUGAAUCCGAUCGGGUACGCGAAGAACCGCUUCGACGAAAUGUCUCGGAGAAGAACAGAAAGGGUUUUGGAACUGGGGUGGUGGAAGAAAAGACUUGGGCUAAGGUGAAUGACGAAAAGAUAGCGAAAACUGUACCGAAAACGCCCAUUGGUACGCCUCGAGGCGAGCCGGAGACGAUCAAUGCGUGGGAACUGAUGGAGGGUUUGGAUGAUGCAAGCCCGUUUUGUCCACCACCGUCGACGAAGGAUCAUAUCCGUUGCCUCUCGUUUAACACGGGUCCCUACCCGGUUCCACUCGAGCAAUCCACAUUGCCAUCACAAGAAAAAGAUAUGAAAGUCACUAUGAAUGAGACGGAUGUAGCGUCGGAUGAUUUUGAUCCAAAGAUGAUUAACGUAAAGCCGUUAAUAGACGAGAAACCGCAGUCUGAUGAGAAAAAAGUAACUGUCACAUCACGUGUCAAAGAAAAGUUGGUUUUGUACUACACAAGUUUAAGGGGAGUUAGAAAGACAUAUGAGGAUUCCUGUCAUGUUAGAAUCAUUCUAAAGAAUGCGGGUGUUCGAGUGGAUGAACGCGAUGUAUCGAUGCAUUCGGGUUUCAAGGAGGAACUUAAAGAGUUAUUGGGUGACCGAUACGGCAUCGGGGGGUUGCCAAAGGUGUUUGUGGGGCGCAAAUACAUAGGCGGUGCUGACGAGAUAAGGCGACUUCAUGACGAAUUUCAGCUAGAUAAGGUGUUAGAAGGUUGCGAAAUGCAGGGUGACCGCGGCGGUGGCAACAGUGGUGGUUGUGAGGCUUGUGGUGAUAUAAGAUUUUUACCGUGUGAGACGUGUUCAGGUAGUUGUAAGAUUUAUUACGAAGUUGAUUGUGAUGAAAGUGAAGAAGAAGAAGAAGAAAGUGAUUAUGGGUUUCAAAGAUGUCCCGACUGCAACGAAAACGGACUCAUAAGGUGUCCAAUGUGUUGUGAUUAAUUUCAAUCUUUUUAUUUAUUGUAAAGUGGAGGGUUAUAUUUUACCUUAUUGUAAAUGGUGUGGUUAUUAAAGUUUUAUAAUGUUUUGGGUAGAUAGUGACAAUUAUUUUCCAGACUUUGUGUAUACGGGAGCCUCGUACAAUUCUUAA